AUGGCGGCGCCCGUGAUUGAAACAUGCCAUGUAGCUUGUUGUGCAAACAGGACUCCAAAUGUUGUUUCUUGGGGUCGUGGCGGGAUCAUUGCCUUUGGGACAUGUACCUCUGUAGCUCUGUACGACCCACAGGGAAGGGGAGUUGUUGCUGUGCUGAACGGACACACAGGAAGAGUGAAUACAGUCCAGUGGGUUCACAGAGAGGACUGUGCUCCAGAGAGGCAUCUGGUCUCAGGAGGCUCAGACAAUCGUCUCAUCGUCUGGGAGGCUCAAAAUGGAAAGUUUGUCCAGUUAGUGGAGUGCAAGGGCCACACUGGUCCGGUUUGUGCUGUGGAUGCCAUCUAUGUGGAGGACUCAAGGAUCCUGGUGGCCUCCUCAGCAUCCGACUCCACAGUCAGACUGUGGCUCUGCAAUGAAGCCAAUGAAGCUGAGUGCCUCCAUACCUUAUCAUUUGGCAGCAGUUUCAUGAUGGAUGUCUCUCUGGCACUGUUGCCAGGCAGCAGAGUUCCCAUACUGGCCUGUGGGGGCGAUGACUCUCGGGUGCAUCUGUAUGUGCAGUCUAACGGAGAGCAGCUCCAUAAAGCCAUGUCACUGCAAGGGCAUGAAGACUGGAUUCGUGGAGUGGCCUGGGCAUCUCUAGGUGGGGAGCUGUUAUUAGCCAGCUGUUCCCAGGACUGCCUCAUCAGAGUGUGGAGGCUGUGUGCCAAGUCUGGGACAGACGCCCACGUAGAGGACGAUCACACCAUCAUCAAAAUGAAAGAGGACGUUUUUGAAGUGAAGGAGAGAGACGCUUCCUCAGUGUUUGCUGUGUCUCUUGAGACAGUCCUGGCAGGCCAUGAGAACUGGGUCUAUGGAGUCCACUGGCAGCCUCCUCUCUACAAAGGUGGUGAGCUGCAACAGCCCCUCGGUCUGCUCUCAGCCUCCAUGGACAAAACCAUGAUCUUCUGGGCUCCAGAGGAGGGAUCUGGGGUCUGGGUUGAACAGGUGCGUGUAGGGGAGGUUGGUGGCAACACUCUGGGUUUCUACGGCUGCCAGAUGAGUCCGGAUGGCUCCAUGAUCGUGGCUCACGCUUUUCAUGGAGCACUACAUCUGUGGUGCAAAGAAAAGGACAAAGAGGGACGAUGGAGGCCUGGGGUUGUGAUAUCGGGUCACUUUAAUGCAGUCCAGGACCUGAGCUGGGAUCCUGAUGGUGAGUUCAUCCUCAGUGUGGGCUCAGACCAGACCACCAGACUCUUUACUCCAUGGAGGAACCAAGAUGCCAAAAAGGUAACCUGGCACGAAAUCUCACGGCCACAGAUCCAUGGAUACGACAUGCAGUGUCUGGCAAUGGUUGGAAGGUUUCAGUUUGUGUCGGGAGCUGACGAGAAGGUGCUGCGAGUGUUUCAAGCACCUCGUAAUUUCGUGGAGAAUUUUGCUAACAUCUCUGGCACGUCAAGAGAAAAGCUGUUGGCAUCUAGUGACUCUGCUAACCUUCCAGAAGGAGCCAGCACACCUGCCUUGGGUCUGUCCAACAAGGCUGUAUUUCAAGGUGACCUUGCCCCAAAACCCAAUGAAAAGGAGGGGCAGUUCAACAGUGUAUCUGAUCAAUACCAGGAGUCUUACUUUCACCCGCUCAUCAUGACUGAGCCCCCACCAGAGGAUCAUCUUCUCCAGAACACACUGUGGCCUGAGGUCCAGAAACUGUACGGCCACGGCUUUGAGAUGUUCUGUCUUGCUUCAGACAGCGCCAGGGCGGUGGUGGCAUCUGCAUGCAAGGCAUCUAAAGCCGAGCAUGCAGCCAUUCUGCUGUGGAGUACCGCUACAUGGCGCCAGCUGCAGACGCUGCCGUGCCACACCCUCACCGUCACCCAGAUGGCCUUCUCCCCUGAUGCACAACUCCUAUUGGCUGUUUCCCGGGACCGCACCUGGUCUAUAUGGCGACGGAACCUUUCCACACCUGAAAGUCCAGAGCCUCGGUUCUCGCUGUAUGCACAUACAGGGAAGGACACAGCCGUACACAGCCGAAUCAUCUGGUCAUGUGACUGGAGCCCAGACAGUAAAUACUUUGUGACAUCCAGUCGGGACAAGAAGGUGAUAGUGUGGGGGCCGUGCAUAUUAGAGGACUCUGGAGACUCUGUACUUCCUCCUGAGAUUAAACCAUGUUCUUCCAUCUUGGAUGUGGGAGAUUCUGCUACUGCUGUGGCUUUCUGCCCCGUUCUCUGCUCUGAUAACAGCUACCUGCUUGCAGUGGGCCUGGAGGGCGGCAGGAUCUUGCUGUACAGGUGGAGCGCUGGUCAGGAGCCUGCUGGAGGACACGACUGGAGCAGCUGUGGCGAAACGGACAUUUCACAGAGCCACGCUUUGACGGUCAAGAGGCUCCGCUGGAGGCCCAGGCCCGGCCGAGUAGGUCACGAGAACAACAAGCUGGAUGGACAGACUGACGGAGAGGCGGAGAACUCCUGGGUCCAGCUUGCCAGCGCCAGCGCCGACCACUCUGUCAAAAUCUUCAACAUCAACAAACGGGCUCUUUAGCACCCAUAACAGUGACACUAUUAUGUCUCUCAUGCAGAGAGACACUUGGAUGAGGGCCACAGGCCUGACUGUGGCACAAAAGCCACAGCUGCUUGCUGGCAAGCCAUUCAAUCCCUGUGACAGCGAGUUAAGUCAUGGGUCAGUCGCAGGACAAACCCACAGCACACAUGCCCUGCAGUCUGUCUGCACACAGCUGAACAGAUUUGAUGGGUGGAAGCAAGAUGGUGAAAACACCAUGACCCUAGGGUGGUAUGUUGCCACUUCAAAGUGUUUUAGAUUCAGAGAAGACAACACAGCUGGAUAUAUAUACAUACACAGAUCGCAUAUUUAGACUAGUUAUCCAAGUUAACAUUUAUACGGUGAAUGGGUGCUUUUCAGUGACCAAUCGAAGAAGUUAGUCACACAGAUAUAUUGUUUAUUUGUUUUAUGACAAAUUAAUAAAAAGAAUGUGUGUAUAUCCAAAUUUGAAAGAGUCUUUGGUGUCUCAGUUAAGUUCUAGUGAUUGUAAAAUCACAAAACUGUUAAAUACAAGAUGGUAUAAGAUCACAGAACAUUCAUGGUGUGUAGCAGAGCCAUUACUUAAAGGUUCGCAUAUGGUACCUUUGUUUAUUUUAUGUUAAUUUCAACCAUUAUGCAAGUCAUGUUGCUGUAUUUCAGAUUGGGUCUUCCAGUUACAUGGAACUUAAAAAUGUGGCAAAAAUAUAUUGUUUUAUUUUUUAUCCUAUUAUCUUGAUGUUAUCUUGCGUCUCCACAGAGUUAUCUUACUAACAGUGUUCGACCCCCAUUUUAGGAACCACAUGAAUUUGAAAAUUGUAAGCAGUUGGCAGUAAGUUGUAGUUAAGAAAAUAAAACAUAUAGUUUACAGGCAGGAUUUUAAACUUUGCAGUAGAUUAAGAUCAAUCAAUGCAGGACUGUCCAGUUAUUGAACGCAGCAGCUUAAAUAGAUUAAGAUUGCUUGCUUUUGGAGAUUGAGCAGAAUUCUCAAGGACAGAGGAAGACGAUGUCUUCGAUUUACUAUGGGCUCAGCUGAGUGUGCCAUCAUUAUAUGUCGGCCAUAAAUUUACCUGCAGGAGAUUGUAACCACUGGCCAUAACUCUCUCUCUCUAAUCGCGUAUCCUGGUAUGUAUGGAGACAUCAGUCGACCCACGCCGCACACACUCCUCCCAGAAAUGGCUGUUUUUCAAAUGGUGAAAUGAGGUCUCGGGACAAUAUGGCCAUAUAUCAAGGGAUUUCUCACAUCAUAUAUAACAUAAUGAAAUUAUUGAAUUAUUAUCAGUGAUAUUUCAAUUUAAACAUGAAUAAUCAUCUUGCUUGAGAUUGUCAUCAACACAUUUGAGUGAGGAGCUCACUCAGCAGACUAGCAUACUAAUACAUAGAACAUAUCCUCUCCAAUAUGCCCUUGACUACUUCUCUUGAUGAGGUUAUAUUGCCAUAAUGUGAUACUGAGGAGGGAUUAGAAGCCACAUCUGAAAAUCCUUGAAUGCUGCAGAUUAA